GGCGUGGCCUGCGGACAAGUUCCACGUUGUGGGCGGUGACGUGCAAUAGUUAAGGUUCGCCAACUGGCUGAGAGCGGCUCAUCCGCAGGAGGGGGAAGAAUCUCAGUGUCUCCCGGCGGCUAGUCGGCUACAAUGAGCUUCAUCAUCCGGGGACUACUACUGAGCCGAGGGAGAGCCCAGCACCCGGCCCGGGCACCCUGCCUGCUCUACAGCUCCGCGGCCCCUGAGAUUCGGGAGAGGACGCUGAUUGCCGUGAAGCCAGAUGGGGUCCAGCGGAGGCUCGUUGGAGAAAUUAUCAAGCGUUUUGAAAAGCGUGGCUUUAAGCUAGUAGGCAUUAAAAUGCUUCAGGGCUCAGAGGGGAUUCUGGCUGAACAUUACCACGAUCUGAGGAGAAAACCUUUCUACCCAGCACUCAUACGUUACAUGACAUCCGGGCCUGUGGUUGCCAUGGUCUGGGAGGGUCACAACGUGGUACGCUCUUCCCGUUUUAUGGUUGGAGAGACCGACUCUUCUUUGGCGAAGCCUGGUACUGUGCGAGGAGACUUCAGUGUCCACAUCAGCAGGAACGUCAUCCAUGCCAGUGAUUCGGUGGAGGUAGCUGAGCGGGAGAUCAGCUUAUGGUUUCACAGCGCAGAAUUAAUCAACUGGGAGACCUCCGAUCACAGUGACUUGUAUCAAGUUUAAUGUUCCUCCGGGUGUUCACCACCCCCAACAACUUUUGUUCAAUAAACGGAUUUUUUCUGUCUUUAUCUAAAAA